GUUUUUCAUUCAAGGCAGCAUUUUGAAUAAGGAAGAUGGCGGCUGCAGCAGUGGUUGAGUUUCAGAGAGCCCAGUCUCUCAUUAGCACGGACCGCAACGCCUCUAUCGAUAUCCUCCAUUCAAUAGUGCGGAGAGAUGUCCAAGAGAACGAUGAGGAGGCUGUCAGGGUUAAAGAACAGAGCAUCCUGGAGCUGGGGACACUCCUGGCCAAAACCGGUCAGGCCGCAGAACUCGGGGGUCUGCUGAAAUUUGUCCGACCUUUCCUGAUUUCCAUCAGCAAGGCCAAGGCGGCCCGACUUGUUCGCUCUUUACUGGACCUCUUUCUUGAUAUGGAGGCAGCAACAGGGCAGGAGGUCGAGCUGUGUCUUGAGUGCAUUGAGUGGGCCAAGACCGAAAAGAGAACCUUUCUCCGACAGGCUCUAGAGGCACGACUGAUCUCACUCUAUUUUGACACCAAACGAUACCAGGAGGCGUUGGCACUUGGCACCCAGUUGCUCCAGGAGCUAAAAAAGAUGGAUGACAAAGCUCUUCUUGUGGAGGUUCAGCUGCUUGAAAGUAAGACCUACCACGCUCUCAGCAACCUGCCCAAGGCCCGCGCAGCCCUCACCUCCGCCAGGACCACCGCCAACGGCAUCUACUGUCCUCCGAAGCUCCAGGCAGCUCUGGACAUGCAGUCAGGGAUCAUCCACGCAGCAGAGGAGAAGGACUGGAAGACGGCUUACUCCUACUUCUUUGAGGCGUUUGAGGGCUACGAUUCCAUCGACCACCCCAGAGCCAUCACAGCACUCAAAUACAUGCUUCUGUGCAAAAUUGUUCUCAACCUACCCGAGGAGGUUCAAGCUCUGAUCAGCGGUAAACUGGCUCUACGACAUGCCGGCAGACAGACAGAUGCACUGAAAUGUGUCGCCCAGGCAAGCAAGAACAGAUCAUUAGCAGACUUUGAAAAGGCCCUAACAGAGUACAGAGCAGAGCUGAGGGACGACCCCAUCAUCAACACCCACCUGGCCAAGCUGUACGACAGCCUGCUGGAACAAAACCUCAUCCGGGUUAUUGAACCAUUUUCCAGAGUACAGAUAGAACACGUAUCAGGUCUAAUAAAACUGUCAAAGGUCUGUAUCUUUUCAGUAAAAUGUCUAAUCCUGAGAUUUGUUUUUGUAAAUGUUGAAAUGUGUCUUAUUCAUUAUCUUUAUCUCUUUCAGGGAGAUGUUGAGAGGAAAUUAUCACAGAUGAUUCUGGACAAAAAGUUUCACGGAAUCCUCGACCAAGGAGAAGGCGUGUUGAUCAUAUUUGAAGAACCCCCGGUGGACAAAACAUACGGAGCAGCCUUGGAAACAAUUCAGAACAUGAGCAAAGUCGUGGAUUCACUUUACAACAAAGCCAAGAAGCUGACAUAGAGCAGAUUACCACGGCUGUGCGAUGGAGGAACUGUGUGUGUUUGACCAGCGUGUGUAACAUUUUAAGAAGGGGAUAAGGGAGAGCAACGAAGAGUCCCACAAACUGCAACAAACAGGAUUCCCCCAUCAAACUCCCCCCGUCUCCCCCAAAUGGACAAUGUCAUCACUUCUUUUGUCUGUUCUUUUCACCCCCCCUCCCCUUCCCCUCUUUACUUUUGAUAUCUCUUCAGGAUUCUGUAUAACACUCAGCGGCCAAAUCAGGCCAUCAGGGAAUAUUGUACAACCACAAUAAAAAAAAAAAAAAAAGAUGAAAAGGUUUAAGAAUACAUAUAUGUUUAUAUCUGCUAUAAGGUUGGGCUUUCUGAGCCUUAAAGCUGACUCCACUGCAACCUCACAGGUGCAACAUUGACCUCUGCAGCCUCACGCUCUGCUACCACAUGUGUACGCAGACACGAGGCUCUCCUCUUCUUCUUCUUCAUGACUUUCAGAAGCACACUGUUAUGUUUUUGGAAGGUUGGGAUACUCCUUUUAGGAUUCUGAAUUUUUGUCAACGAGCUCCCUCUAGCUUUUUAUUUGUCCCCCCCCCCUCCUCCUCACCAUAUCAAUGCCAACAGUUAAGUACCCUCUGUAUUUCAGAUCUGUAUUAAACUCACUUUAUUUGUU